AUGCCGAGGUUCUCUCAAUACCGAUCUCCUCCAGCAGUUCCGAAAAAUAGGGAUUGCAGUGCGAAACAGGGUGGACUUUCGUCAGGCAAACAAGACUUCGCCUGGCCGGUUGUCAGCGUGAUGCACAGCGCGAACUCGUCCUUUGGACAUGAGGCCGUGGAAAAGGCUGCUGCUGCGUGUGCCCGUGGCGAUGACGCCGGCGAUAGACUGCUAGCUAAUAUUCCCCAGACUCAGCAUGGCCGGGCCAGCGCACUCCAGCUCAUCACAGAUGGCGUACAGACAGAUGCUACUCUGGACGACGGGCAGACCUGUUGA